AAGAAGAGAAACGAAAAGGUGAAACUUGAAUGCGGAAAUGUCAGAAAACAACAUGGCUUCGGGAGGAAAAGGAGACGAUCAAGACACAGGAUCUUUUAAAGAUACCAUAGUGAAACAGCUAAUUGUGUUGUUAAAGAAUUUCAUCUGGAAGCAAAUUGAAAGACGUUCACUGGGUAAUGCUGAAAUGAUUCGGAAAGUACUGGACGCACCGCAGCUCGGUACCCCACAGAUGCAAAAAAUCUCUCGGUGUCUCCAGGCUGUUGGAGAUCAAGUGGAUGGAGAUGUACAAAGUGCAAUGAAAGAUCAAACAAUACGCCCUUCAUUAGACACCUACAUGAAAGUUGUAAUCGGGAUCUUUUCAGACGGUGAAAUCAACUGGGGCAGGGUGGUUACAGUAUUUUCCUUUACCUGCCUAUUUGUUUUGAAGGCAUACGAAGACAACAUUUAUGACAUGAUAAAAAACAUAAUCAACUGGACCGUAGAUUUUUUCCAGAAUAAGGUUGUCAACUGGAUACGAGAUCAAGGUGGCUGGGAGGGGAUUUUCUCCUACAUUGGCACUCCCACGUGGCAAACGGUGGCAAUUUUUCUGGCUGGCGUUCUCACCACCUUUUUCAUCACCCACAACGCGAGGCGUCCGUGAGGCGCAAACGGAAGAACUAUGCAACAGUUGAACGAUAAGAUAAUGGGCGUCUGCAAGUUGAGUAAAACAAGAGGAACUCGUGUACAGGAAAAGAUUCCUUAUUUCCCGUUCGAGUGUGAGAUUGUGAGUUGGACUAGAAGUGUUCCUGUUUACAUGCACAAAAUCAGGAUUUUAGAAAGAAAAAAAAAAGUGAACUGAAUAAUUUUUAGUUGAAAAAGCAGAGUUUCAGUAGAUGUCAUAACAUGUUGAAAAUGUAUUUACGUUAAUUUGCACUUUUGGUACUUACUACAUUUUCCAAGUGCCUAGAACUGAAUAUUUUUUUCCAAGUUGUUUCAGAAACUAUCCAUACCCAACAUACUGUCAGUUCAUAUUUUGUGGAACAGGCACUACUAUCCACUUUCAAGUUUAUGGACACUUUAUUUAAAAUAUGCUGUCGGUUACACCUUGUGAGUCUGUGAGUUAAGCAUUUGGCUAAUUAUAUAAAUAUAUUACUCUUGAAAGAUGUUAUCUUCCAACACCCUUAUUUAUUUGUCUAUUUUAAUAGGUUGUCUGAAGGAUAGUUUCUGGCAACACAUCUACAAUAUCAAAAUGUAGUUAGUACCAUGUGAAGCACUGAUUGUUUGAAUAAAACAAAUGUCUGAAAAGCAAUUUGUAGAACCUACAUUGAUGUUAGAAUGUGCCUUUUUGUACAUCAGGCGCUCUGUUAACCACAAGUGCUCUCAGUCUGAAGUACUUUGGUGAACUGUAUUUCAAAAUUUUUAAGGCAUAUCUUUAAUUGAAUGACAAUCAAUCAUCACAUUGAGUUGUUGCAUGUAUUUACUUGAUUUUUGGGACAUUGGGGUUUGUUCAUCAUGUGUUUUUGAGUGUCAUGGACUAAUAUUUAAUGUGACCAUUGAAAGAAGUUGUGUUAAACUUCUGGCAUAUGUUCAACCUAUUUUCUGACACGUUCUGAGCACUUUAUAUCUGACUACUAGAACUGCUGUAAUAUUAUAUAGCCAGUGCCUUCUGUUUUUUAUGUUUUUAUAAGAACAGUUGUAUUCCAAGGUUUCAACAUUUUCUGUUUGUAAGGCUGAAAAAUGCCUCAAGUUCACAUAAGUUGAAAUGCAAAAAAUAAAUGCCUCCUUUUUAAAUAC